ACUCAAAUCAAGAAGCUUCAACGCAGCAACCUCAACAAUCUGGUGAUACAUCCAAUAAUAGUAGCGCAGUCAACACCAGUGCAGCCAGUGGAGAAGGUACAGGUGCACAAUCAUCUCCUCCUUCUGCGUCUUCUCAAACUGAUGGAACUGCGGAAGGUGGUAAUUCUGCAGAAACAUCAACGAAUAACUCAGCGAGUACGAACCCUGAAACUGAUAGCACAUCCACUAAUGAGGAAUCAACCAGCACCUCAACAACAACAACACUUCCUCCUGAAACUGCAAACAACAACAAGAAGGGUGAUGCAGACAGCAGCAGCAGUAUCAGCAGUUCUGUGUGGGUGCGUGUACCACUACUGA